CCACGACUGCAGAUACUGCCAGCCUACUUCAGUGCUCCAUGUGUAAAAACCUGACAGAAGAUUUAGUCACUCUGAGUUGUGGACACACAUUUUGCGAAAGCUGUCUGAAUCAGCACAUAAACAUGAGCGAUCCUCAGUGUCCUCAGUGCCACCAGGCUCCUAGGAGGGUGGAGAUGGAUGACCUGAGUCACAUUAACACAGAUGAAAGAGGUGAGAUCCUGUGCGACAUCUGUGAGAAAAACCGGAAGUUCAUAGCUGUGAAUUCCUGCUUGACCUGUUUACUCUCAUACUGUGAGCGUCAUCUGAAGCCGCAUCAGUCUAUGGAGAGGCUGAAGGGUCAUAGACUUAUAGAUCCAGUGGAGAGAUGGGAUGAGAGGGCGUGCGGUGACCACGGCAGACCUCUGGAGCUCUACUGUACCCGAGACGAAUGCUGCAUCUGUGCCUUAUGUGUGAAACCUGGUGUAGAUGUCAUAACUGUGGUGACAGAGAGACAGAGGAGAGAGGCCAAACAGCAAAGGACUAUUGUGGAGUUGGAAAGCAUGAUAAAAAAGGGAGCAAAAAAAAUUCAAGACCUUGAGGAUAGAGUCAGAAAAAAUGUGGCUGAGAUAAACAGAGAGCAGACAGAGAUAAAAAAGGUGUUUGCUGCAGUGAUCGAUGCUGUGAGGAGAGCUGAGGAGAAGCUGCUUGCUCCUCUGGAAGAUGGAAGAAGGAGUCUGGAGAGAGAGAUGGAAGAGAAGACACAGAAGAUACAGGAGGACAUGCAAAAGUAUAAAAAAAUGAUCGACAGAUUGAAUCAGACUCAGAAUGAAGAAGACGACAUCAUCUUUCUCCAGUCGUAUCCAACUGUGCCGGCUCAACUCAGAGAUGAUUGGAGAGUUGCUAUUGACACGGAACUAAACUUUGGCUCCAUGAGAAAUACAACCACAUCUGUUUUGACUUCUAUUAGGACUCAGCUGGAGAAUCUUUGCUUUAUUGAAAUUACAAGGAUUCAGAGGUUUUUAGUGGAUGUAAUUCUGGAUAAAGAAACCGCACAUCCAGCUCUGGAAGUCUUUCAAGAUGGCAAAACUGUAAGAGGCAAAGCAAACGCUCAUGACAUCCGGAGAGGCACCAAUCUGUUGGAUGGUGUCUUGGGAAAUCUUCAGAUCACGUCUGGAAAAGCAUUUUGGUUAGUGGAGGUGGGACAGACAACAGGCUGGGAACUGGGCGUAGUGAGAGAAAAUGCAAACCGGGGAGGAAAUGUCUCCUACAAACCCAGUGAGGGUUAUUGGGUCUUUCUGUUCUCUGGUCCAAACACGUAUGGAGCUUUUGAAGAUUGUCCAAUUCAGCUGCAUCUCUCCACCAAACCUCAGAAGGUGGGAGUGUUUGUCGACUAUGAGAGCGAUCUCAUCUCCUUCUAUAAUAUGGACAAUCUGUCACAUAUUUACACAUUUACUCAGUGUAGAUUCAAUGGAACCAUCCGUCCGUAUUUUAACCCUCAUCCCAACAAAAAUGUCAAAAAUUCAGAUCCAAUGAAAAUUUUUUUCUAGUAAUUCAACUGAUAUUCAUAUGUGAGAGGUGCA